AUGCCGCCAAUACCCCUUCCCCCUUCCCCUAAACCCAAGGAUAAACGGCACCGGUGCCGCCCAAAGGGCAGCCGUCCGGUCGCCGUCCUCCCCACCAUCCCUGAAGGAGACGCCUCCUCUUCUCACCCACCACAAGAGGCCAAACAAGUCCGCUGGGCGGCUAACCUCUGCAUCGUUAGGGAAUACCCUCUCGACCUGGCCCCGGGCACGCUCCUGAAACGCGUGCCACCGCGGGACCAGACUGCGUACCGGAUAUACGUUGGGCGAGAGCGAGCGGCGGCGGAAAGAAGGAUGGCUACUUAUCCAGUUCUUCCUGUGCAGGAGGAGGACCGAGGUGAGUGGAAUGAGCGGGUUCCUCAGGGAGCGAGACAAGGUACGUGGUCCGCGAGGACGUUUGAAGAGAUUCUGCAGGGGAGUGAGCAAGGGCAGAGGGAGGUUGGUGGUUGGGAGGGGGAGAAGGACAUGCUCAGUGGAGGGAGGCAGCACCGGGGCGGUGGUAGUGGUGGUGGUGGAUGGGGGAGGAGAUUGUUGAAUAGGUUGGUGUUGCCCUUGUCCUGUUUUCCGUUUCAGAGGGGUGGAGACGCUGAGAAGAGAAGGCGGAGGGUAUUGACCAAGAAGCCUCGAAGGUCGGGCGAGACGGACACGAUGUCGGCGACACCCGGAGAAGGUCUGACUGGUACGUCUGCUCCUUUCCCUGCCCUUGCUGCCACGCCCGGCAUCAGCCCCUCCGACGACCGUUACCUCUGCGAGAAGGAAAAACGGAUCGAUCAACGGCGCGGAGCUGGCCCCGCAUCCAACUCCACAAUCCCGGGUUCGAGCUACGCCAGGCCGAUCGCUCUCAGUGACUCCAACUCAUCCGAGUCCGAGUCCGAGUACGAGUUCGUCGACCUUCCGCGCGUGUCCACAAAGAACAGUAGGGAACCCCCGCGGCAAGGAGACUUCGAGCCCGAACCCGAAUAUGGGCAAACCGUCCACCUCGACCAUCGAGCUCGACCGCUCCCCUCCCUUCAUACCGCGAAGCCUCUCCAUCUCCACCUCCCCAUCGGCCUCAACCCCCGCAACAUCUUCAAUCCCUACUCUCUAACCGACAACGACACCCACCUCGCAGCCCUCACCCAUUCACGCAACCUCCUAAACCAACAACCACGCUCCGACGAUCCCCAACACCUCUCCCCCGCCGCUGCACACACCACAAACUACAACCCUCCACCCCCAACCACCACCCAUCACCACGCUCCUUCAGGUGUCCCUCCUUGCCCCUCUCAUCAUCCGAUACCUCGAGUUCUCAAUCAUCCCCGAACCCACAACUUCGGCGCGGUAGUGGCUCCUUGCGCAGGACCUUCGCUGGCCGCGUGGGGAAACUCAUCGCCCGGAACACCGUCCCCGUCGCUUGCCUCGCUGUCGUCGGCGCUUUGGCGUAUCAGGCUGUUUGGCAGGGUCAGGGCGUUGCUGGGAGUACGUAUCGUUUGA